AUGAGUCCCCCAACAAACACCACAUUCAAGCCAAAUAAUUAUACAAAAUUAAUUAACUUAUUAUUGUCCACGUUUCUACACCCAGUUUCUUCGAAUUUGAAAGAUUUUUACUUGGAGUUGAACAAGUUUAACCUGAGCAAUCCUCUGCAACUGCCAAUUCCAACAGAAUCAGAUAAAGCUCAGUUGCAGAGUGGCAGCACUCUCAUUCAAGGCGUUCCUCACAAAGUAAACAACGAUUUCAUUCAGCAGUGUCUACAGCUAUCUUCUAGUCUGAACAUAUCCCAUCACUUCGCUUCAUCUCUCUUACAACACGCUAUUCAAAGAUGCAGCAGAUUCCAAUCUACUCCCUUAGAAACUGCCUUUAUUCUCUUUUUCAAUGAAAGAUUGGACUUGAUUAGAGCGUUGCAACUCAUUUUGAGUGGAUCAAAUGAUUUAGCUGUCAAAGAAUCCGGUUUGAUGGAUAUUCUUAAUAACUUCUCCAUUCAAUUGUUAGACAACAAUUUUAUCAGUACAACUAUUAGCGAACUAAAAAAGCUCAAAAGUUUCACUUUACAGCUCGAUAAUGUCGAUCAAAACGUCAUCAUCCAGUGUAACCAGUUCAUUCGCCUAAUUAGACAAGAGCUAGCUCACCUGCUAUACUUGUUCGCUCAUACACACCCACUCAACCAAUCUGAUAUCACUUCCAUCCUCACUUACACUUCCACGAUAGACAAUGAUGACCCAAUUACACCAUACUCUCUAUCAUCCCUGUUAGCUGCAUUCAAUGACGUUUCUCAAGAUGUAAAUUUCUUAAGUAACACUUUCAGGUCACUCCAAUCUGGAAAGUGGUCGAGCAACCCCCUUAAAGCUGUCAUUCUCCUCAGGUACUCACUUUUCAUUGUUAAUUCAUUCCAAUCCAAUCCUAAACUCACAACAACUACCUCCAUCACAGAAGACGACGUCGAAAAGGCUGUACUGGGGGCUAUAAACGAUGACGCUUUCCUUCACCUCCAGCAUAUUCUCCUUAAUUCCACUGAAUCAGACACUCCACUCAACGAUGAUUUCAAACCGCACCUUCUCUACCAGUAUGACACUUUUAUCACACAAUUUAUUACCACCCUCUCACCCAUCCUCCGCAAACUCAAACAUAGAGAGGAAGAUUUAGUUCUGUCUUCGUCUAGAUCUCGCUCCUUCGUCGACCAGCCACCAAGCUCAAGACAGGAUCUGGCUCAACUUUACUUCCUCAUAGCCCUCCUCUAUAGAAACACUGAGCCUGAAGCAGCCCUGAAAUUUUGGGUCGUUGACAAUGACGAUUAUAGGUUGUUUUCCUUCUUAAAAUGGUCCGCAGAAGCACGUACUCCAUCAAUGGUUCACUCGCUAUUUGAGAUGAUCGGUUCUUUAGCCUCGGGUACUCAGUGUGCUACUUAUGUUUAUGAAUUCCUCUCCGGUAACCCCGAUAUCAAUGAAAACAACUUGUGUUCAUGGAACAGCUUAUUUGGUGCAUUAGAGUUCUACGCCACCAAUCUCCGUCAACAGGGUGAUACAAGGGGUGAGAUACCACCUGAAGAAAUUAAUCUACUCAAAGCGUUUUUGUUCGUUCUCAAGCAAGUCGUCGGUUACUCUACGAUAGCGAGAGCAUCACUGAUCGACAACGCUACAUACAAACCUAUCCAGACUCUCUUCACUUUCCUCACAUGCCCUAUUCCUGUCGACCUGAAAGGAUCGCUUUUCGACACCUUAUCUGCAUUUGCUGCUCCAAUUUCAACCAGCGUAAUGAGUCAAAGUAAUGCUUCACUUGCAUCUGAGAACGCACGCAAGAUCUGGUCAAUGCUCGAACAGUCACAGAUUUUACCAACUCUUAAAGUCAAACAACCAACUCUCCAGGGCUUAAUGUUUGAGUUGGAAGAGAUUGAAUCACCUGCUGGCACUUACCCUAUCAGUGCAGCUUUCAUAAAUUUCCUCAAUAAUCUUAUACACACUCCUGCGAAGUCUCUCACUCUGCGCAAGGGAAUGGAGAUUGAUAGUCAGACUAUUCCACUCGGACUGGGUGCCAGUCAUCGCCAACCGGGCAUACAGCCAUUUAUCAACUAUGUCAUAGAUGGCAUUUUGCUUAAGCUGCCUCAACGCGGCUUCAAGUAUUUGGGUGAACGUUGGAAAUUAACAGAAACGUCGCUGUGUUUUGUCGAGAAGUGCCUGAGUACUUAUGACUUGUCGCAGUUGUUCGUAGAGAAUGUAAUUAAUGUCGGCAGCGUAAAUGAGGUUAUUGCCAAUCCGUCCGAUGUUAGUUUAUGUGCAUUGGUCCUGCAUCCUGGCUUCAAUAUCCUUACACAAUUUUUGAGCGGCGGAGCUAUCCUCGGCGAAGUGUUCAAUUUGGUGGGAACAGGUAUCGACGCGCUGUUAGAUAACAGAUUCAAGACACCUCUCUACGCUAAGUGCAUCCAGCGUUGCUUGCGUAUUAUUUACCGCGUUAUCUCAAUACAGGCAAUGUAUCUGGAAGUACUUUUGCCGCUACUCUCCCAACACAACAACAUCAUCCCUGGAGUAGGCAGAAUAGACCUCCCAUCGUCUUUAAACACCAUUGACCAGCAGCUCUUAUUCGCUCACGACACCAUCAUUCAACUAGCCCUCUACGUCAACGCCAUGGAUGAAGAAACGGCGCUCCUCGCCGUUAAGAUCAUCAGCGCGCUUGCCAAAUCUCCACAUUUCAACACCGCCGAUGGAUUCACUAAUCACUAUAAGCGUCGCAUGAAUAGAUUGACAGGAAUCAUUGACUCGAGUGAUGAAAGUUUAAGAAUUCUGUCUGGAUUUGUGAAGUUACUCGAAGUUGACACACCCGAGAGUGAAACAGAUGAGGAUGGUAUAGAAGGAUUGUUGAGUGAAGAUGCACAAGAUAUCCAGCUCAGUCAGGCGUCUAGGAGUGUAGUGUUGGAUUUACUUAUUGAAAACACCAAGUUAUCAGCACCAGCGCCAAACAUUGCGCACUUCUUACUUGGAUUCAAUCUCCAAUCCGCAUCGCCAUCCGAAAUAGAGAUAGAAGAUCCUUCGAAUCAAUCUACCAAGGUGUCCUGCCUUCACGUCAUAUUUUCACUUUUGGGUCAAGGUAUCAGUGAUGAAGACGAUGAUUUACCUCUGUUCAUUAGACAUCCUAUCCUCGCUGAAAAGUGCUACCGCCUCAUUUACCAACUCACCAUCUCGGAAUUGACAUCGAAUGCUACUCUUAGAUAUCUCAGAAACCGCGAGGACUUCUUCUAUAGACAGCUACAGGCUCUGCCUAUUAAGCAGAGCGCACACAAUGCAGCAUCCCAACCGUUAGGUUUGGUAAGCUAUGGCGAUGGGAGCGUGCUUCAGACUACAGCGGCAUCUCUAGCAUCUUUCCUUAGAUUCAGGGGAUGGCUGCUCGAUAUUGUGGCUCUCGAGUUACACGCUCUAAGCAAUGCAUCACAAAUGCAGCGUGUGAGCAGAUUAGUAGACGUACUGUUUUCAGAUACGCAGCAAUUCCAAGUCAUAGAGAAUGAGAAUGAGUUUGGAGAAAUGAUGGAGCACACCCAGCAAUUCGACCAGUCGCUCAUCAAGAUUUUAGAUAUCUAUCAAUCUCUUGAUCUCGAUUAUGUGGAUGAUGAAACAAGUACUGACUUGUCAGUGACCUUCUUCAACGGAAUUGAUUUAUCGACAUGCUUAAAGACAGAUGAGCAUGGCAGUAUUAUAUACGACUUUAAGUCACUAUUAACUCUCCUCUCUGGUUACAGACGCCACUUGUCAAAGAGCGGCGUCAUCGCAUCACCCACCCAGCACGAGCAGGUGAAAGGAGAGAUUAGAGAGAUAAUGCGUUUCUUGUCAGCGGAUAAUCGUCGUCGUCAAGUACAUUACGCCCGUCAAUUCAAUCUCGAGAGCUGGCGUCGUAUUCUUGACAUAAUACUGAGUAAAUGCUUUGAUGUGAUUGGAGGUGACAGACGGGAGAAUGUUCUACUCAAUAUCAUUUCCACCAUUCUUCCUAAAUUGACAAACGUCGACGUUUCACCUGCUACACUCGAGUUGCUUUCUAGCGUUAUUCUCUCGUUAAUCACCAAAUUGCGCGUUACAUUUAGUAGUCUUUCUGAAGCAGAUCUCGAUGAGAGGUUGUACACCAUGCCUAGCGACAGACUUGGUAGUGUAUUGCGUCAGGUGAUUGAAGUUAUCGUUAAACCGGGCACGACUGUGAUAGUGCGCGGAAAUCUUUACUCUGUUUUGCAUAACUAUCUGCAAAUUGUCAACAUACAAAGCAUAUCACACGGCAAUUUGGAAAGCGAAAGUCAAUACCUCCUAGAAAGUGCUUUCCAACAGUUGAUCCCUAUCAUAUGUAGAGAUUGCGUUGAUGGUAGUGAAGUGUGGAAAACGGUGGCGUUUAGUGUACUUGAUGGUCUUGUUGCACUUUCGAGCAAGAGUGGAUCACAUGCACCACUCAACAUCAUUGUCAAACAUGGCUUUUUGCGUAACUUCAUUCAAUCAGUUAAGGAUCGCGAGGAUGUGCUCAUCAAUAUUAUACAAAACGAUCCAGAAUCUCUCAACCCACUUUACGUGUUUGAGGCCAAGAUGUCUAGUCUUUUGCGUAUGGCGCAGGACAACAAAGGCGCCGAAAAGCUACUUGACGCUCAACUGUUUACAGUUCUCGCACAGUGCGAAUUCAUCUCUUGUCGUCCUUCCGGGGAAGAGACUCUGAUGGACUACGAGAGUUUCCUCCCACCAGCUGCCGAGCGUUACCAUCAGCUCCUCCUUCCCACCCUACAACUCGCCUCGACAGUACUAUCGUCCGUUGGCUCAACUUCUACUGCGGCUGCUAAAGAGGCACUUGGAUUCGUGUAUGCGCAUCGUGAAGUCUUUUUGGAGAUUUUACGUGAUAACCCAUCAUUGACUUCCGUCGCACUCGUACGCGAGCAUCAUUUGAUCGUUUGCAUACUCAAUCAAGUUCAAGCUGUAGUUUCGGAUGAUGAUCUUAUCUCCCCAUCUGCGUUCGGCGCUUUCCAUACGGCGAUUCUCAACCUUUCGACGAAAUACAUGACACGUGCAAACUGGAUAGACAGAGUCGUGCCGUUUACCGAUACAGAACGGGAUGAUGCACAGAUAGUUUCAAAAGGUGGUAACGAGUCAUCCAAGUUCUCGAUAAUUGCUUCAGUCGCAGUGGAGAAGGUGAACGAGUGGCUGCUGAAUUACCUUACAAUCUCUAGGCGGUCGAAUUCGACGUCAUUCAGACCACUGCUGCUACCAGUUUUCCCUCAAUUCAAAGACGGACAGGACUUGCACCAAGCAUCGACCUCGUCACCUAGCCUCGGUCAAGCUGUGACGGGACUAAAGGAGUUAGUUUCGCUGUUCUAUGGCACAGUGUUCGACUUUAAAGAGCACCAGUUUAAAAUGCAGCAAUCGCCGUCAUUGCAGAUUGAAGUAAUGCAGCAGUCUAUUGCUAAAGUUCUCAAGUCCCGUUUAGUAAGAAUAGAAAUGAUGCUGGUGCUGAUUUGGCGUCAUGCUGAAUUUUACAUGAAUCUCAACCAGAAGUCAAAUCUGUCGUUGUCAACGUCGAUGAAGCCAUACGGGAAUAUCGACAGCUAUGCUAUAUCAAGAGAGAUGUCUCACCUUGUCACACCGACACUGUCCAAGAUAGACAACUUGGAGUUAAGUAGCGAGAUGAUUAAAGGGUUGGAUGUUCGAUCAACGCAGGUAUUCCUGCAAAUUGUAUCCCGACGCAUCAGAGAAACGAUGCUUAGUGGGCUGAGUGAGACGGACCGGAGUAGAUAG